AGACAAAAUUUAAUACUUUCCUCUGAAGUCCGGUCCCUAUGCUGACACACUCCUUCCCCUGUCCCCGACACUCUCCAUAGCCUCCGCCAGAGAGUGGCUUUUUAAGCUAAUUUUGCUCUGUUUUAGUCUUAAACCGUAAUCUCGAGCUCUGUAAUCCUCACAGUGGGUGCCUUUUUAGAAAGCAAAACGAGCCGUUGCUGUUCUAAACCAGAAUCUUACAAAUCCCUCAUUCCCAUUUCUCUACACAAACCCCGCAGCAGAGUUGGACUGAGACUUGAAGGCCUGGAUUUCAGGUGAUAACGAGAAGGAGAAUGGGGCACAGGGCUGGAUUCAAUCUCAUUUUCUAUGGGUUUUCACUGCUGCUUAUGUUCUUGGGCCAUUGCCAGGGAAGUAAUGUUGGAAUUUGCUAUGGAAGAAAUGCAGAUGACCUCCCAACACCAAAUAAAGUGGCCCAAUUGGUUCAACUUCAUAACAUCAAAUACCUUAGAAUUUAUGAUUCAAAUAUUCAGGUUCUCAAGGCCUUUGCCAACACCGGUGUCGAACUUAUGAUCGGGAUACCGAAUUCCGAUUUGCUGCCAUUCGCUCAGUUUCAGUCAAAUGUAGAUACUUGGCUGAGGAAUAGCAUUCUUCCCUACUACCCGGCUGCGAAAAUAACAUACAUUACGGUUGGUGCCGAGGUCACGGAGAGCCCUCACAAUGUGUCUGCCUUGGUGGUGCCUGCCAUGAACAAUGUACUCACUGGUCUUAAGAAGGCUGGUUUGCACAAGAAGAUAAAGGUUUCUAGCACUCAUUCGCUCGGAGUUUUGUCUCGGUCGUUCCCUCCCUCAGCUGGCGCUUUUAGUAGUGAUUUUGCAUUCUUCUUGAAACCAUUGUUGGAGUUUCUUGCUGAGAAUCAGUCUCCUUUUAUGAUCAAUAUUUAUCCUUAUUAUGCUUACAGAGAAUCCCCUAGCAAUGUGUCAUUGGACUAUGCUCUUUUCGAAUCGUCGUCUGAAGUUAUCGAUCCGAAUACUGGUCUGCUUUAUACGAAUAUGUUUGAUGCUCAGAUUGAUGCUCUUUAUUUUGCUUUGAUGGCUCUAAAUUUUAGAACAAUUAGAGUCAUGGUCACAGAAACAGGUUGGCCAUCUAAAGGGUCACCAAAGGAGACAGCUGCAACUCCCGACAAUGCGCAAACUUACAACACGAAUCUUAUCCGACAUGUUAUUAAUAACACCGGGACGCCUGCAAGGCCAGGGGAGGAACUGGAUGUAUAUAUCUUCUCUUUGUUUAAUGAAAACAGGAAGCCAGGGUUGGAUUCUGAAAGGAACUGGGGAUUGUUCUAUCCAGACCAGACCAGUGUCUACAACUUGGAUUUUACAGGAAGAAGUGCAGUAGACAUGACUUCACAGGCUAAUAUGACUGGUUCUAAUGGAACCGACUGGUGCAUUGCUUCGAGCAAGGCGACCGAUAUGGACUUGCAAAACGCAUUGGAUUGGGCUUGUAGUUCGGGGAAUGUCGAUUGCACAGCCAUCCAGCCAAGCCAGCCUUGUUUUGAGCCAGAUACUCUUGUUUCUCAUGCAUCUUAUGCGUUUAACAGUUAUUUUCAGCAGAAUGGAGCUACUGAUGUUGCUUGUGGCUUUGGAGGGAAUGGAGUUAAAGUUAGCCAGGAUCCAAGUAAGUCAAAAUAAACCCAGUGUUGUUAUAUAUCUGUUUGCUAGAUAUAGUUACUUGGCAAACAAAUGUAGCUUAGUGUCUUUAACCGCGUGUCCAAAUUCCCUUUGAAAUCCCGACUUUUGAGGUUAAGGCCCGGGUCUUUACUUGACCCUUCAACAAGCCUAUCCGUGACACUCGUGUCUUUUCAUUGGCCCAUCAUGCUUAUGCCUCAUUUCCUCUUCAAUGCUCAACAUCAUAUGAUGUGUUUGAUGAUGCACCGUCCUCCUUAGUUACAUCAUGAUAUUCUUCUCUAUUGGCCCUCGCGUGACCGAAUGGGAGCUUUUUGAGGGUCGCUGCUUUACUUGUCUCAACGUGAGGUCACAACCUACUCGCUUCAUAGUAUGGUUGUGAUAUUCUCCCCCACUUAAAUUAGUCAUCGACGAGUUCCCGAGGUCCAAUCUCAUCGCAGAUUGUUCACGUAAUCAACUUAGUUAUAAGACCUACGAGGAUCAAGUUUUUCUUGAUAUUCUUUUAGCUGCCCGGUUUGGUUCCUAAAC